AUGGCAAGUUUGGGGGCCCCCUCUGAGACUGUGAGGGGGCUUCCCUGGGGGGCCCCCCCGGGGGCCCCCAGGGGGCCCCCCGCCCCUUCGGGGGCCCCCGGGGGCCCCCCGCAAGAGAGGGUUUGGCUGCAGAGGGGCAGCAGCAGCGGCAGCUGCAAAGCCCUUUGUGUCUCUGAGUGUGGGGCCCUUCUGUUUGCUGCAGUGGCAAAUACCAUUAGGGUUUACAGCCUCCGCCAGGGGCCCCUGGGGGCCCCCCAAGAGUCCCUUCCGGGGGCCCCCAGGGGCCCCCAAGACCCCCCGACGGACCCCUCUGGGGGCCCCUGCAGCCCCAAAGACGGGGCCCUCCCUAGAGCCCCCUGUGGGGCCUCCAGCGGGGCCCCCACCUAUGGGGCCCCCUGUGGGGCCCCUUCUGGGGCCCCCCCACAGGGGGCCUCCUUUGGGGCCCCCAGUGGGGCCCCCAAUGAGGCCUCCUGUGGGGCUCCCCGUGGGGCCCCCAGUGGGGGGGCCCCCCUUGCUGCAGUUUACUUUGGGCCCAGCGAACAUGUCUAUGGCCUUAAAGAGUCAGGGGGUUUGCUGCUGGCCUUUGGAAUUAGCCGCCUAGCUGUGUACAAGGUCAAGAUUUUUCUGGAGACGUCUGCCAAGACUGCUCAAAACGUAGAGGAGGGUUUACAGCAGCAGCAGGAGGGAGUUUGCACAGCUCCUCUUGAAGCCGUUCGCAGGGCGCAAGCAGCGCGGGGGGCCCCCGGGGGGCCCCCAGGGGACCAGGAGGCCUCAGGAGAGUCGAAAGAGCUUCAAAAGGGACUUGGGGGGCCCCCGGGGGGCCCCCAGGGGGGCCCCCAGGGGCCCCUGCAGCUGCAGCUCAUACUGCUGGUGAAAGCAAGACAGCGAUUUCUUGUUGCUGAGUUUUUGUUUCCUUCUGCUGCUGCUGCUGUUGCUGCUGCUAGUGCUGCUGCUGCACCAGAAGCAGCGGUGGCAGCAGACGCAGCAGAAAAGGAAGCCGUAGCAGCAGCAACAGCAACAGCAGCAACAGCAGCAGCAGCAGUACCAAACACGCUGCUGCCGUAUACAACAGCAGCAGCAGCAGCAGCAGCAGCAGUGGGACCUGGAGCAGCAGCAGCAGCAGAAGCGGCAGCAGUGACUCGGGCAGGCAGGAGCACCGGGCGGCUGGCUGCUGCACUUGAGGCCCUUUUGCAGCAGCAGCAGCAGAAGGAAAGGAAAAGCAGCAGCAGAAUCAACAGCAGCAGCAGAGCCAUCGGCAGCAGCAGCGGCUAUCCUUCUUAUAUUCUGGCGGAAAUACUGCCCCCUCCGCGCGCCACCGCUGCCGCUGCUGCUGCUGCUGCUGCUGCUGCUGCUGCUGCUGAGCUAGUACUUAUCCAGAGACUGCAGGGUCACCGGGGGGGCCUCUUCUCUCUUUCUUUUGCUGCUGGGGGGGCCCUUUUGGCUUCGGCCUCCGACGACAGGGAGAUCCUUCUGCUGCUGCCGUCACAACUCUGGCAGACGGACCCCGCAGCAGCAGCUGCUGCAGCGCUGGUGGCAGCUCUGGGUGCUGUUGAGGCCAAGCAGAUCCAAAACUGCUUACCUGGUGGGGGCCCCCCUGAAGAGGGUACAGGGGGCCCCCCAGGGGGCCCCCCUGAAGAGGGUACAGGGGGCCCCCCGGGGGGCCCCCCAGUUGACUUUUGCUACAAAUGUGUCUCUGUGCUGACAGGCCACAAGUCUCGCAUAUGGAAUGUCUCCUUUUUGUCUCUGCUGCCAGCAGCAGAGCAGCAGCAGCUACAGCAGCUGGCUUUCGACUGCCUGCAGCAGCAGCAGCAGCAGCAGCUGACUUACGACUGCCUGCAGCAGCAGAAGCAGCAGCAGCAGGUGGCGGAGGAGCGCAGCAGCAGCAACUGGCGCUGCUGCUGUGGGGAGGACAGCAGGGACGGAGGAGCAGCAGCUUGCUGCUGCUCGGAGCAGCUGCUGCUGCUUGCUGCUGGCAGCACUUUGCUGCUGCUGUCAGCUGGCGAAGAUUCAACAGUGAGGGUUUGGGCCCCUGGGGGCCCCUGUCUGUACACCCUGGGGGCCCACAAGGGCGGGGGCGUGAGGGCCCUGGCCACAGGCUGCAGCAGCAGCAGCAGCAGCUGCUGCUGCAGCAGCAGCAGCAGCAGCGGGGGGGGCCUAAAAGGAGACACUGUCUCCUUUUUUGUCUCUGGGGGAGAAGAUGGCUGCUGCAAGCGGUGGCUCCUCAGGGGCUUGCCGUCUCUGUGGGGCCAGCUGCUGCAGCACAUGAGCAGCAGCAAAGCGCAGCUGCAGGUGCUGCUGCAGCGCCACUUGCAGCAGCAGCAGCAGCAGCAGCGGCAGCAAGGGUCCCCAGACAAGCAGCAGCUGCUGCUGUCACUUCAAGACGAGCAAAAGGCGGCUGCAGCCCCCAUGGGGUCGUCUGCAGCAGCUGCAACGUCGGAAGCAGCAACAGCAGCAACUGCAGGAUCAGCAGCAGCAACACCUGCUGCUGCUGAAGGAGACACAGCAGCAGCAGCAGGAGAGCUACCAGCAGCCACAGCGUCAGCCGUGGGGUCUUUUCCUGAGCAGCCGCAGAAGACCCAGCGAACGCAGCAGCAGCGGCAGCAGAAGAGACCCAUGAAGCAGCAGCAGCGGCAGCAGCAGCAGCAGCAUCGCAAACAGCCGCAGCAAAAGGAGACCCCAGGGGCCCAGGGCCUUAUGAGUACUGCAGGUCUUAACAGUUGGACUUGGAGCUGUCGGGUCGCAGCAACAGCAGCAGCUGCUGCUGCACCCGCUGCUGCUGCACCUGGAGAAGGCUUACAAACAGCAGCAGCAACAGCAGCAGCAGCAGCAGCACCUGCUGCUGCUGUUGCUGCAGGCACACCCGGCGAAACAGCGGGACAACGCAGAAGCCCAAGACCAGAAGAGACAGCCACCGUCGACAACCCCCACAACAAAACCUCAGCAGCAGCAGCAGCAGCAGCAGCAGAGCACGCAGCAAUAACAGCAGCAGCAGCAGCCGCAAGAAUCUGCGAGGGGACUUGCGGCUGGCUCGGCGGCAGCAGCAAGGACUUCGUUCGGGAGGUGUUCUUUUGCUGCAGCAAGGAGACAGAAGGAGACAGUUUGAUUAUCUCCACGAACUACGGCCACGUCUACCUAGUUACGCGCCUCGUUGCAGCAGCAGCAGAAGCAGCAGCAGCAGCAGCAGCAGAAGCGCGCUUUCGCUGGCUGCUGCUGUGCUGCGUUCCCUCUCCCAUCACGGCCACAGCAGUGGCAGAUUGCUGUCUCUUUCUAGGGGGUGCAGAUGGCAGGGUCAGAAUCUGUCUCCUGCAGCAGCAGCAGCAACAGCAGCAGCAGCAGCAGCAGCAGCGGCAUCUAGCAGCGGUGACUGCUGCUAGGGCCUUUGAGGGCGCCCGUAUCUCCUCGGCCUCCGUCUUUUCGCUGGGGCCGCUUGCAACACCAGUUGCUGCUGCUGCUGCUGCUGCUGUCCCAGGUGUGCUGCUGCCGCUGGCACGCAGCAACAGCAGCAGCAGCAGCAUCUGGGGAGACAUUUACUGCAGCAGCAUGACUCAGGGGGGGCCCCCAAAUGCUGCAGGGGGGCCCCUUGGGGGCAUCAGUGACCUCACGGCUGGUUUUGCUGCAGCUGGGGACCACACGGGAACAGUGCAGCUCUACUUCUGGAGACAGCAGCAGCAGCAGCAGCAGCAGCAGCAAAACUCAGUCUCUCUUCCUGCUGCUGCUGCACCUGCUGGUACUUGUGGGGCUGUUGAUGCUGCUGGAAAGGGUGAGGGUGAGUUGCUGCUGCUGCAGCAGCUCGCUGCUGUAAAGCUGCCGCGCUAUCGGCAGGAUGCCCGGGCACCCCGCAGCAGCAGCAGCAGCAGCAGCAGCAGCAGCGGUGUUACUAACCGCGUAAUGUGCUCGCUCUGUCUGGUGUCUGUACACCGCACGGAGGCCCCCGCAGCUUCUUUUUUGUCUUCUGUCUUUUUACUUGGCGACGAACACGGCUCGCUUCACGUGCUGCUGCUGCAGGUCCCAGCAGCAGCAGCAGCAGCAGCAGCAACAGCAACGACAGCAACAGCAGCAGCAGCAGCAACAGCAACGACAGCAACAGCAGCAGAAGCAGCAACUGAGGCAGCGCCAGCUCGUGCAUCGGCAGCACCUGGGGCUGCGGCAGAUCAGGUACGUCUGCAAGAGCACCCGGAGGUGCAGCAGCAGCAGCAACGUUUGCUGCAGCAGCAGCAGCAAAAUGAAGUCCUGGAGCAGCACUGGGAUUGGGCUGCUGCCCGCUGCACAGUGCAGCAGCCUCUGGUGGAGAUACACCCCAGGCGCCGCAUUUGCUGUCUCAGCUGCAGCAAGGCUUUUGUCUUAUGCUGCGGCGGCGACGGCCGCAUUCUCAUCCUGAAGGUGUCUCUUUCCAGCAGCAGCAGCAGCAGCAGCAGCAGCAGCACGAGCAGCUGUUUAUGGACACAGCAGCAGUCAGAAUAA